UUCACUCGACUACAUCGCUUUUGUGCUGCUUCCUUGCCUCCCAAUUAGACACACGCGCAAUCCAUACUUUGUAACAAUGAGCAGCUUCGGAAACAUCGACAUCUCCAACAUCAACACGCCCCAGAAGGUCGAGGAGGUGAAGAACCAGGUGCGGAAGGAGAUGGCCAUGGCUAACGCGCAGGAGCUUAUCAACAACAUCAACAAGCACUGCUACAAAAUGUGCCUCGGCAACCCGGGCUCUAGCCUGAGCAGCACCGACGAGGGCUGCCUUGGACGGUGCAUGGACAAAUUCCUGGCUAGCUGGGACGUGGUGUCGCGCGCCUACAUUGGCCGAGUCCAGCAGGAGAACAAGUAAUCCUGGGGUAACAGCUAUAGGAGGGAAAAGCGCGUUUACCUUUCUAGCGAUCUCUGCAAUAGAAUAUUUUAUCCCCAUAUUGAACGUGCAACUCA